AUGAUUGGAAAUCAAUUUCAUCCAAUAACGACGAGUCAACAUUCAACAUCUCAACAAUCAACACCUGUUCGUCGUACAACAACUGAUUUAUAUCCAACACGAGAGGAAUUAACAGUGGAACAACGAAAAAAGAUUCAUAAUCGAUCAUGUACAUUACGUCAACGCAAAAGAUAUUAUAAUCAUGAACUGAUACUUCGUAAUAUAUAUCCUCGAUUUCGUAUACAACAAAUUAAAUCAAUUCUUAAACAAAUUGAUAUUGAAUUUCGUGCAGUCAACACCUCAACUUCUAAAAUUUCUCGAAAAACAUCUCUAUACAUUGGUGUUACAAAUCCUUCUGAAUUAAAAUUAUAUGAAACAAAAACAAAAAAUCUAUUUACAAGACAAAAUUAUUAUAAAAUUCGUCAUCAAACAAAGAAAUCACGUUAUAAUGAUAAUCGAAUGAAUCAUCAUUAA